AGCGAGUUGGGGUAAUCUUAAUGUGCUCCACGCGAUGAGACCCCAUGGGGCAUAAAUAUACCCUCCUCCCCCCUUCGAUAUCUCUUCUUUUCCUCAUCAUCCGUUCCUUUCUCACAGUCUCUCAUUUCUACGAAAACACCUCACAGAACCUCUCCUUUCCUGAGCUGUUUUGCACAAUCCCUCACCCACAUCCGUUCUCGAUGUUUCGCCUCAAGAGGCUCCUUGUUUUCCUUUUGAUCUUCUGUUUGUUUAUGCAGACUGCCUUUGGUGAUCCUCCCAGUCCCACUUCCACUGAUAUCGGUCAUCUCGACAGCACCCCUGCUGGUGGUGUGGUUGGCGGCGAGGGCGUUACCACUGACCUUGCCAACUCCACUGAUGUCAAGACCCCCACCGAAGACGUGAACGAUGACGAUUUGGACUCUUUCGAAGACAACGGCAUGGAGAAGCCAGACACUCAGGCCGAUGACAUCGAUGCACUAGACCCCGAACUCGAUGAAGACUUGAAUGAGGACGAGAUUGGCGAUCACAACGACAAGUCCAACAAAGGCAAGGACAUCAUCGACAAGCCCAUGGGUGGCGAUCCCCAUCACCACUGGCCUCGCCCUAAGCCCCGGCACUGCACUGGCAUCUGUGACAGUUCACUCACCUGCCACUGCAGGAAAUAUGGAGUGGGUCGCUGCCGCUGUGUGCACCCCGGCCUCAAGUGCAGGUGCAUCAACCAUCGCAAGGCUCGUAACGAGGGCACUGAUUUCGAUAAUUCCAAUUCCACUGAUGCUUCGCGCUUCGUUGACGAGUUGAGCACCCCUGUCGAUCUCAGUGCCGCCGAUGACCUGAAGGCCGAUGAUCUCCAUGCCGAUGAUUCGAACACUGCCGAGGACUUGAACUCCACUGCCGUUCGGAAAACCACCACCAAUCUGAUCACUGCUGAAGAUGUCUCAGACACGGAGGAAAAUCAGGAAUCUUCUAGCCCCAGCAAAAAGAUCGCGUACAAGUGCAGCAGCAUCUGUAACAAGCGAAAGAGAUGCCCGUGUCCCUACAGGGGCCAGAACAUGUCCUGUCAUUGCGAUAGCCCUGGCGACAAGUGCAGAUGCAAGAACCUCUAUCCUACCCACCCGGAUCGCCUCGUCGACGGAGAGGAUCUGAACACAAUCGACGACGCGACCACAACCGCGGACCUGGGCUCAGCUAACACUGCGAACACACCUAAGCGUCGAAGCACGGAGGAGAUUUUGGUAGCCCCAGAGGAACCUGUCAACACCCCAGAGGAAUCUGCGGAUGCGAACGAGGACACCGGCAAAUCGAAGACCAUCCUGCCUAUCCCGCCCCCGAUCCACUGCAGAGGCAUUUGCAACAUGCACCGGAAAUGCAACUGCAUGGACAAAGAAGAACCCUCUCAUUGCCGUUGCAGGUUGCCCGGAUUCCCUUGCUCGUGCACCACGUACAUCACGGAUCGUGCUGUGGAAACCGUUGGACCUUCUUCGGAUACAGAUAAGAACCUGGACAGCACUGAGGAGCCGGAAGCCAACGAAAAGUCGGAAAACAUCGCCCGUAAUCCUUUUGCUCUAGCGCCUCGCCAGCCUUGCAGUGGACGCUGUACCGGUCACGGAAAAUGCAUGUGUGGAGGGUUGCUCAACUGUCGUUGCCGGCGCCCUGGGAAGUAUUGCUCGUGUGUGAACUAAGCUGUCUCGAUUCUCUUGGUUGCUUAUUGGCAUGUUGGGGAAGAUUGAGUGAUUGAAAUUGCUUUGGAG